AUGUUGGCAUCAGUCGUACUGGGUUUUUUGCCGGGCCCUUGUAGGAAAAAGAGGUGGAGCAAAUGCCAUCGCCUCUUCAAGAGAGAAGACACGGUCCAGGAAAAAGAAGAGGCUCUCCAAGAUGCUGCGGCUAAUUAUAAGCUGGAGGAAGUGGUGCAUGACGCUGAGAGUGAAUUGGUCCUGGAGCUGAUGAGGGAGUUCCAGGAAGUGGAGGGAAAUAAUGGUGACACCUUGAAGAAGAAUCUGGCUACUAUCCAGGAGGCUGCAGCUGAUAUGGAGGAGAAGGUGAAUGAAGUGGAGGACGAUGCCGCCUUGGGUCUACUGGAGGAGGAUCUGGAGGAACUGGAAGAGGAACUAGAGGAAGUCAAGGACGACCCUGAUGAGUGAUGAUAGUGAGGAUAAUUAUCAAACGACAUGACCUGAAUUUAUUAUAUGUCACGAUACAACGGAGAAAAACAAAUGCUAUAUAUAGAGAGCGACCGAAGUUGGAUUUUGUAGCCCUUUAGUAAUUACUUCUUGGAUCUUUUUUUAUAAACGAAGACUCAAAAAAGCGUAAUAAAAUCGUUCUUUAUACAUAAAAAUCGUUGAUCAAUCAGUUAAAUCUUCGGUCACUCA